GCGCAGCUGGCGACGAGGGGGCGUUUCCCCGCCCCCAGCCCGGCGCGCGCGGGGAGAGCCGGGUCCAGGCUCCGACAGCGGGCUACACAAUAACGUCCAUGUUUUGAUCCGGAUCGUCCCACCCUUCCAGAGGAAAGGCAAUGGCUGCAGCAGAGUUAGCUGAGGGUCUGGUGACCUUCGAGGAGGUGGCUGUGUAUUUCACCGAGUCAGAGUGGUCUCUGCUGGACCCCGCUCAGAGAGCCCUCUACAGAGAUGUCAUGGAGGAGAACUAUGAGAAUGUGACCUCGCUGGGGUUUCCAGUAUCUAGCCCUGACGUGAGCUCCCAGCCACAACGAGGGGAAGAGCCGUUGGUCCCAGAUCUCCAGGGCUCGGAGGAAAGGGAGAGCAUCUGCACUGCAGGUGAUGGGACGGUGAGUGAGAAGAGAGAGCAGAAUCCUAAAGAGGAAGAUACUGAGCAAGUCGAACUGCACAGGGCAUUAUCACGAAGAGCCAAAGGGAACGUGCCUGGGAAUUGUGAGCAGGGAGAUGGUUAUAGACAUCUGCAAAGGCCAGAGCAGCAGCCGGGAAACCAGACAGAGGAAAAAGUGGGUAAAUCCAUUAAUUGUUGGGACACUUACAAAGAUGUCAAGGAAUCCCCAGCCCAGCCAAGAAUCCUCAGGGGAAAGAGAAACAACACAGGCACAGAGUGUGGGAUAAACGUCAGUAGAUGCUCAGACCUUAUUAACCAUGAGGGAAUCCAGACAGGAGAGAAACCCUAUGAAUGCGGUGAGUGUGGGAAAACCUUCACUCAGAGCUCAGCCUUCAUUACACAUCGUAGAAUUCACACGGGAGAAAGGCCCUAUGAAUGCUGUGAGUGCGGGAAACACUUUGCUCAGAGUUCAGCCCUUCUGAUACAUCAGCGAAUCCACACAGGGGAGAGACCCUAUGGAUGCUGCGAGUGCGGGAAAAGCUUCAGUAACAGCUCAGCCCUUAUUACGCAUCAGAGGAUCCACACGGGGGAGAGACCGUAUGAAUGCAGCGAGUGCGGGAAAAGCUUCACUCAGAGCUCAAACCUUACUAUUCAUGAGAGAAUCCACAGAGGAGAGAGACCCUACGAAUGCUGCGAAUGCGGGAAAAACUUCCCUCGGAGCUCAGCCCUUAUAAGGCAUCAGAGAAUCCAUGCGGGGGAGAGACCCUACGAAUGCCGUGAGUGCGGGAAAACCUUCACUGAAAGCUCAGACCUUCUUAUACAUCAGAGAGUCCACACAGGAGAAAGACCCUAUAAAUGCAGCGAGUGCGGGAAAAGCUUCACUAAGAGAUCAGUCCUUGUCACGCAUCAGAGGAUCCACACCGGGGAGAGACCUUACGAAUGCUGCGAGUGCGGGAAAAGCUUCACUCAGAGCUCAGCGCUUAUCGCACAUCAGCGAAUCCACAGAGGGGAGAGACCCUACGGAUGCUGUGAGUGCGGGAAAAGCUUCACUGACAAAUCAGCCCUGGUUGCCCAUCAGAGAAUCCACAGCGGAGAGAGACCCUAUGAAUGCAGCGAGUGUGGGAAAAACUUCACACGUAACUCGGCCCUAAUUACGCAUCAGAGGAUCCACACGGAAACUCUGCCUGGUGUAGCUUACAGAGAGUCCGAUUCAGGUCUGUGUCUGGUUCCUAACAGAGACCUGUGCCACCAGAGAGAUCGAUGCCUAGGCUCCUGGACAGUAAAUGGGGAGAAACUGGCACCUUGGAAUGGGAUCCACAAAACCUGUCAUGCUAGGUGGCUUCUCACCUAAGGUAGCCAGGGGAGAUGCCAGCCCCCUGCUGUCCCUCCUCAUCACCUCUCCACCCUCAGCUUCUUGCUUCUCCCUCCUCUCCCCGACAGCUGGAUUUACGGCCACAAGGGAGCAGCAGAUCAUCUGGUUCUGACCUCAUGUAUAGGAUAGGCCACCGACAUCACCCCUCAACUGUGCCAUGGCCGGAGAACAGGAGGGACCCAGGUGCACCAGUGGCUGACGCCCGUGCAAUUGCAAAAACACGCGAAUGGCGAUGUGCCCUUGUUGCCAAGGCAUUUGAGAUUCGUUGUCCCAAAUCAGAGGGAAGUGGAAAUGUGUGAGGAAUUUUAUACCCUCAGUUGAUAAACGAGGUAAAAAUUGAGUGGAACACCAUAUGCAUGUUUGGGAAUUAGAGAGAAAAUGGAGGGAAAACAUGCAAGGACUUUAUAUCAAGCAAUAAUCAAGAAUUUGACAAAAUCAGCAACCUUGGAGAAGAUCUGAUGUUAAUAUAUCGUUAGAUGGGAAAAUCUCAGGGGAUAAUAUCAGUCACAGAUAAUUAGAGAAAAACAGGGCAAUAUUUUUAAGGAUGCUAUGUCACUAUUUUAGAAUUAAGGAGUAAGUGGGGGUGAAAACCUAUUUAUUUGUUCACAGAGAAAAACACCAAUAUCAAUGUUCAGUAAUUUGAGAGACAGGCGGGGGGCAUUAUAGAGACGUGAUCAAGAAACGACAGAAGGAGACGGUUCCCCUUUGGCUGACAAUCACACGGCAGCAAGGAGCCCUGGGCAAUGCUGCUUUAAUAGGGCACAGGAUGAGGGUGGAUGCGGCCAGUGGGGGAACAUUGGGGUCUUGGACCAUCACUAGCAGCUGGUGUGGGGAGGGAUGCUGGGUUGGGCUGGGUAGGGACGAAGCAGGAAGCAGGUGGGAGACGGUAAUCUGGGGCUGGGUUGUCUCCAUGGGGAGGACACGUGCUCCUCCCUUUCUAUCCUGUACUCUUUUCAUGCCCUGUUGCUGGCAGAGAACGGCCACCCAAUCCCCACCCCAGAGGCAGGCGCAUCUCAGGGUCCUCCUAUUCUGAACCCACUAACCCCCUGCCCAUUCAGGGAAUGGCUGAAGGCAUCGUGUUCCCCUCCAAAACAAGGAUGAUUUGCUGCAAAUAAAAUGGAGUGGGAAAAGAUCCCAAAUCAGAGGCAAUUUUAAACUGAAAUGAGAGCAAAACCUGAGCAUAAUAGAUAACAAAGCAGCACUGUGAGAGAGAAAGGGGAGAACUGACCAGGAUUUUAUAGCUGUGCUUGAUGAUUACAGAGAACGGGGGAAGCCCGUCAGGGUGCAGGGGCCACACUGCAGAAUGACACCCCCUGGAAUUGUCCCUGCGGUGAAGUAACAGCCAUGACCCGGCACAUCCCGGUUUUUCCCCACCUGUAAUUGCGGUACAGAGUGUGGCCAUUUUUUCUGGUCGCACUUGCCUGUGGGAGUCUGUCCUUUGCCUAGGGAAGGGGACGCCUGGCCCCUUACUGACACUGAGUGGGGGUUUUGGUUCGCUCUCUCCCAGCACCAAAAGAAAGAGGAAGGGUGGAUGAGAAAUCAGAACCCUGAGACUGACAGUCCCUAGGGCCAAUGGGGAGAGGGCAAUGGCCCAGGUCAGCCUGAUUGACAGGGCAGGCAGGUCAAUGAGGGAGUCAGGAGGCCAGGGGGAUCCCGUCCUCCGUGUGAGCUGCAGCUUCUUGGGCUGGAGUAGGGCAGAGUUAAGGAGAGAGGAGCGACCAGAACCGGGGACCAAAUCUGUGCUGGGAGCAAAGAUGCAGAAACCAGAGCCAGCGGGGCCAGAAAAACCACCCAGGGGGCUGGAGGCAGAGUAGCAGCAUCAGUGCUGAGGCCGAGUGGAGCUGGACCUGGAGCAGUGUGGAGCUGGGUGCGGUGAGCAGCUGGGGAGAGCGAGGGGGUCCCUGUGGAGAAGGCCCAGUGUGGGGAGAUGCCCCCCAGCCAAGCCAGCCUUGGAGAGGGAUCGUAACCCCAAUGGCGGGGGUGAUGCUGGGAAGAAGAGUCCUGCUACCCAGAGCGUGAAGCCAUGUCCGACUCGCGACAUCCCUGCAGCACGGCCAGAGCGUGGGAAGGACAGGUGAGGCACAGACAGUGAACGGCCCUUUAACCUCCAGAGACGCUGGUUGUGAUGUCCCCGUGUCACUGAGCGGGGUUAUUUGUUUUCCUUUAAUCUUUCCUGUUUUGCCUUAUUUUUUAAAUUGGUGGCUGGUUAAUAAAUUGUAUUUGCUUGAA